AUGGAAGUAUUCGGGGCGGAGAAGUCUCCGGCCUCUGCUAUGGAAGUCCUGGAGAAACGUCAGCUUGAUUGCAGAGUCUGUGGACGCCAGCACACGAUUAACUUGUGUUGCUGUGGCCACCCAGCGCCAUGCACGGUCCUGUACCCACAAUUUUGUGUUCAGGCGCUUUGUGGCUUCGAUGGAUCUAACUGUGGAGUUAAGUAUGCGUCCUUCGCAGCCUUCGCACCGGCAGUGUUGGAUACGGAUGCCGGUAUGCAGGCCAUGUUUUCAGACCUGUUGUCGCAGCGCGGGCUUCGAAGCACGGCGCCGUUGCCCGCGCGCCCCGCCUUCCUGCAACAACUAGCCGAGCGUCGGCGCCGUGUUAUCGGUGGGAUGUCGUGCCCUGGACUGCGCGACGAAUGUUACGCCUGCCUAUACGGCUGUUCCCAGGCGGGUGUGUUGNGGCCGCGGGACAUUGAGGCCGCCAUCAUGGACACGGGCGGCGAUGCAGGGCGCGCGCUAGCCUGGUACCCCGGGUUGUUGAUGGCAUGGCGGUUUGAUAAGUUCCCAUGCAUCACCAACGGAGUAGCCGCCGAGAUCUUCUUCGAAUUGACGACGCACAGCAUCCACCCGUUCAUCGUCCCCGUCCACCACAUCGUGGAGACACGUCGCGAGAGCCGCGACAUCAGACUAUAG